UACUCCAAAAUCACAACCUUCAAGAAAGCAAAAAAGAAAGAAAACAAAAAAACACAAUUCUAGAGAGAAAGCAAAAAACCAAAAAUGUCAAAAGAAGCAAGUGAGGUCGGAGAAGCAGCAACAAGAAAAGACUAUGUUGAUCCACCACCAGCACCCAUGUUUGACAUGGGUGAGCUUAAGAUGUGGUCAUUUUACAGAGCUCUCAUAGCUGAGUUUGUAGCCACUUUACUUUUUCUUUACAUCACGGUGGCCACCGUGAUAGGUUACAAAAACCAAGCUGACCCAUGUGGUGGGGUUGGCCUUCUUGGUGUUGCUUGGGCCUUUGGUGGCAUGAUCUUUAUCCUUGUUUACUGCACUGCUGGUAUCUCUGGUGGUCACAUAAACCCAGCGGUGACAUUUGGGUUAUUCUUGGCUCGAAAGGUGUCAUUAGUAAGGGCAUUGGGAUAUAUGGUGGCUCAGUGUGGGGGUGCAAUAUGUGGUGUGGGUUUAGUCAAAGCCAUCAUGAGAUCACCUUACAACACACUUGGUGGUGGAGCCAACUUGGUUGCACCAGGCUACAACAAAGGCACCGCACUAGGUGCUGAGAUUAUUGGCACCUUUGUACUUGUUUACACUGUUUUCUCAGCUACUGAUCCUAAGAGAAGUGCACGUGACUCUCACGUUCCUGUUUUGGCUCCAUUGCCAAUUGGGUUUGCUGUAUUUAUGGUUCAUUUGGCUACAAUUCCUAUUACUGGAACUGGAAUCAACCCAGCUAGGAGCUUUGGUGCUGCUGUUAUCUACAACAAUGAAAAAGUUUGGGAUGACCAUUGGAUCUUCUGGGUAGGACCGUUCGUUGGAGCUAUGGCAGCGGCCGCAUAUCACCAGUAUAUUUUGAGAGCUGCAGCCAUCAAAGCGUUGGGUUCAUUUAGAAGCAACCCCACCAACUAAAGUAUCUUCUUAUUUAAUUGUGUUCUUUUAUUCAGUUUUUUACUUUAAUUCAUCUUUAGUUUGUGUUGUUCGAUUCAUGGAUAUGAUGGUGAUGGAUGUUGGAACUUUAAACGGUUCUUUUUCCUUUGUUUUUUUUUUAAUUGUACUAGUAGUGUUUGGCUUUAGGUGUAAUGGUGUGUGCCUGUGUGGUUUGUUUGGCAACUUAAAUUGGAUUCAAAUACUUUAGUUAUUUCUA